AUGGCGCCGCUAUCCCUCUACGUCAGCUUCUAUACUUCUGUAGCAAAAGCCGCGUUCACUCUCAUCUUCGCACGCCUGUAUAGCCCCCAACGCCCUCCUCACCGCGACCUCAAAGGUCAAACCGCAGUAGUUACGGGCGCAAAUAGCGGCAUCGGUCUUUCAAUCGCGACUGCGCUCGCAAAACAAGGCGCAACUGUAUAUCUGGCUUGCCGCAAUGUCGAGAAGGGCCAUGCAGCUGUCGCUUCCAUCGUUUCGCAGCUAGGCCAUGAAGGAGAAAAGAGGGUGUUUUGCUGGAAAGUCGAUGUUGGAGACCUGGACAGCGUACGAGUGUUUUGUGAAAAAUGGAAGGAGGAGGGCAGGAAGAUCGAUAUGCUCGUGUACGUAACGUCACUGCAUAAUGCUGGAAUUGCGGAACCCCCCACUGGCACGAGGAAGACGGACAAAAAAGGCCGGGACAUAGUUCUUGUUACGAACUUCCUUGGGAGCUUUUUGAUGACAUGCUUUCUCGAGAAGUAUCUGAGUGAGAAGGGAAGGGUGGUAUUGACGAGUAGUACGGGCCAUUACGAUGCGGUGGGGAUGUUGAUGCGCACUAGACCUGAAAGCGUGGCCUCGAAGACCGCUGGUGAUGAGGGCGGUGUUGCUCGAGGACCUCUGGGGAGGUUGAAAGCGUACCUUGGUAUAGACACAGGUACCUUGCAUUCCUACGGACUGUCCAAAGCACACCAAGUUCUUUUCGCCGCCUGGCUCCAGCGUCGUUUUGAUUCCUCCCAAAACAACCAACGCACGGCACACGCAUUCAGUCCUGGCUUCACUUCUACGCCUAUAUUCGGCAAGAUCGCCCUGUCUUGGAAGACAUGGUUCAUUAAUCCUCCUUUCGCUCUUCUCAAGGUGACGGAGAAGUAUGUUGCGGUCGAUACGGGCGAGGGUGCGAAGACCGGGUCCUGGCUGGCGAGUUGUGGCGGGGAGCAAGGGAUUGAAGGGGGUGGCUAUUGGGAGUGGAUGAGUAGAAGGAUGAGUCUUAUUGAUCUCGUGGAAAGAGAGCUUGGGGAAGAGGAGUGGAAAAAGGGUUGUGAAAGGGUUUGGAAACGGUGGGAGGACGAUAGCGGGUGCACCUGGGGUGUGGCGCUUUGA